UUGCGCGCCCCCCCCCCCCCACGUCACGUGACCGCAGUGACUCCGAAUUCGUUGGUUUCUCCCGUCCGCCGGACCGGUCUCCCGUGCCAGGUGAAGUGAAUGUUGGUGACUUUAUAAAACAAGACACUAUGCAAUAUAAAGAAGCUAUCCAACCAGCAUUUUGCAGGAGCCCUGGAUUCUAAUCAAGGUUUUAGUGAAACAAAUCAGUGACAUUAUGAAUUUUGUUAAUCACGUUAACAUGUUGAAAACAAAUGUAAACUCACACAUUGAUAAUGAACCUCACACUUUACGUUCUGAUCUACCGAGUAGAGGGAUUCCUAUAUGCAAACCAUCACACCUGAGUGCUCUGUCACUCGAAUCCAAUUCAUUACAAAUCAGUCAGUCACCCACAAGAUGUUUUGUAACACAGAAAGACAAGAACCAAAGGUCUGGCGUGCAAACGUUAAGCAUGAAUGUUAACCUCCAAGAAGAACAUUCGGUGUGUGGAUCAGUUCCUUCAGAUACCACUGAUGAUACCACAAAUCAGACAGGAGCUGUGUCAGACACUUUUGUUGAGCCAAAGAAUGCAGGGAAGGAGAUGCUUGUCUCCAAUGAGGAAAGUAAUAAACAAUCUAAGGAGCAUGAACUGAAAAGGCAGCCACCUACGGACUUUGGUCUGUCUCCUUCAUUCGAAAAUCCAUCCACUAAAUUAUCUUCUGAACCUUCUUUUGGCACAUCAUUUCGUGAUGAGAACAAUCCUUCAUGUGCUACUUAUUCAAACAUACCUUCUGAAAGAUUUGCAGCUCCACCUCCGACUUCUUCCUUUUUUACUGAUAUACCCUCUGGCUUGAAUUUUUUCAGCUUUGUCAUACUACAUGUCCCAGAUGAUCAAGAGGAAGCUGGCAGGGUAUGUCAAAUUUUAAACAACCUUCAGAUUGGAGAAGGUACAACAUUUUGUGAAGGGUUUGAGACAGCAGGAAUAAGUCCCCUGAAAUGCCUUGAAGAUGCUGUGGAAAAUUCUGCCUAUAUUGUCCUAUUGCUCACUACUGGCUUUUUAUCCAGAUGGGGAAAGUUUCAGACGAAUGUAGUUCUUAUGAAUUCAAUUGAAGAUAAAAACAAAUCAGGAACUGUAAUUCCUCUUAUUCCGAAGUCAGAGACACUAAAAUGUAAAAUACCUUUGGGUCUUCAGUCAUUAAUUAAAUUAGAAGAAAAGUCAUUUCUAUUUGAGAAACAAGUGCGGAACACAUUCAAAUGGGAUGUGAUCAAAAGACAGCAAGAACUUUGGAAUAUAGAGCAGGAUUUAAGAACAAAAAAAAAAUGUUUAGAACAUGCUAAAGACCUAUCUAAUUCUUUUGAAAUUCAACAACAAAUCACCAAGGAUAUACAGGCCAUUUACACUAAUUUCUGUGCUCAAAUGUCAUCAAUGAUGUCCAAUCUGCCAGCCCAAGUAUUCCCGGGAUCAGUUAUUCAUAUAAACAAUUCGAGUAAUGUUCAGAUCGGCAAUCAAAACAGCAUGAACGUUCAAAAAACUACAAAUAUGCCACAGAUGGAAAUGUCUGGAGAAUGUUAUCAAGAAUGUAACAAUGACCUUCAAGGUCAAUUUUAAUUAUUGAAACAUUAUUUGUAAAAAAAAAAACAAAAAAAAAAAACGGACCUUUUUUUUUUUUAAUAUAUAUAUAUUUUUUUUUAUUACGUCACUGUCUUUUAAAAAUCAAUAGAAAUUUGAAUACAGGUUGUAUUUUCAUAGAUAUCAGUUAAAGAGGAUCUGUCACAGUGCAAUCUACAGGCAGCAGGUAACAGAGCAAGAGAAGCAGCAGAAUUAUAUAAUUUUUGAUAACCCAAAGUUAGAUAAACUAUCAUAUAGUUUUAUGGGAAAAUAUUUGGUAAAAUGUGUGUCUAUACAUUUCAUUCUCUACUAUUUUUGACCUUUUUCACGGAGAAGAUCUUAAGUCUCUGUGUAAAGGUCCCUUUAGACGGGACAGUUUAGCAGGUGUUUGUCGGGAAGGAAGCGUUCCUUCCUUUCUCCCUCCUGGCAAGCACCUGUUCAUUGAAGGAGACCAUAGCAUUGUACAUGUAGCAACAGUAUGGGGAGGAGCGAUCGAUAAGGCCAUUGCUCUUCCCCAUACAUAAUUAUUGUUUGGCGACAGCAGUGUGCUGUUUAGAUAGCAAGAUCUGUUGCCAGCAAAUUAUGAUUUAAGUGUCCGCAUGAAAGAUCCAUUUACCCGAUAAACCAGCGUUACACUUGUUCAUCAGGUAAUCCGCAGCCACUUUACACUCUGCACACCUGUUAGUGAUUAUCUGGCCGAUAAUCGGCCCGUGUAGAGCAGUCUUAAAGGUCUGAACCCAGAUAUACCCAUAAUUUCACCCAGGCAGCCCCCCUGACCAGAGCAUUGAAGCAGUUCAUGCAGGAUGAACAGUGUUCGGUGACGCCCGGCAGUGUGUUCGGUGACGUCACCGUCUCUGAUGGGUGGGCUUUAGCGCUGCCCUAGCUGUUUUACAUGCAUGGGCAGCGCUAAAGCUCGCCUAUCAGUGCGGUGACAUCACCGGGAUCACUGCUGAGCGGAAGCCUCCACCUGGCAGCCCAAAGGAGAGCCCGGUUCAUCACCGGAAGUCAACAAAAUGCCUUUGCCCUGCACAAUGCAACACAGGGCAAAGGAGAGCAUCGGAGCAUGAACUGCUCCAAUGCUCGUCAGAGGGUGCUGCCUGGGUGAAAUUCUGGGUAUGUCCAGGUUCAGAGCUGAACCCGGACAACCCCUUUAAGUGUGUGUACUGAGAUAGCUGUCAGUCACUGAUAAAACCUUCCCUGUGAAAUAUAAAAUCAUAAAUAACAGACAUAUAAAUGUAUAUAUUACACAUUUUGCUGAGUCUUUUUUCACAAAAAUAUAUAUGAAUCUGCUAGGCUGCUCCUGCUCUAAAGCCUGCUGCCUGCAUUUUGUGGUGACAGGUCUCUUUAAGUGCUAUUCUACUGACACCAGGCAGUGGUCUGUAGACUGCAGCAGAUGUUCCUCCAGGAUACACAUUCACUUACAUAUUUACUCCCCACAGUCUGCUGCGGCAAGAUAUCCUCGCAUUUGAUGCCUCCAUUCUUUAUUUGGGGAUACAUAGUUUUUGGUGGUUAUGUAUUUUAAUUGCUCCUUGAUACUUUUUGACAAGCAUAAGCGUUGAUUGUGAUUCAGUUGUAACCAAGAGACAAUAUGAAACCAGUAAAAAUAAAUGUGACUAAAAAAA